AUGACCUCCGGCGGAUGUCUCGCUGGAAAAGUGAUGGUACUGGAGAGGAAGGAGGAGGGAAAAAGCUUCCAUGGUGUAUCUCCAGUGCUAGUGGAAAAAUUCAUCCAAAGUUUCUGCGGUGAAGUCCACAGUGCAAAAAAAACCCGCGAUGGAAAAAUUUUUGUGACAGUGAAGAACGAGAGCCAGGCAAGAAAUCUGGCUAAAAUGGAAAAGAUGACCGACGGAAUAACGGUCAACGUUUACGAACACAAAACCCUAAAUUCGUGCAAAGUGGUCAUUUUCUGUCGUGAUGUUAGGGAAGAUAGUGAUACGGAUAUACUAGCGAUGCUCUCGGAACAGGGAAUAACUGAAGUGAAGCAAAUUAUGAAAGGAAGAGAAGAAAAUAAAACCUCUACGGGAAUCUUUGUCCUCACUGUCAAAGGCACCAAGCCACCAAGUGAACUUAAACUAGGUUACAUUGUGCUUGAAACUCGUCCAUGGUACCCAAAUCCGCUGAGGUGCUUCAAGUGCCUCAAAUUCGGACAUACAAGUAAGAACUGUUCCAGUGAAAAAAAAUGCAGCAAGUGCGGUGAACUAUACCACGAAGAAUGUACCAACAGCGAAAAAUGUAUCAACUGUGGAAACAAACAUGGCGCAUUCUCUAAGGAAUGCCCUACCCUGAAGCAAGAAAAAGCCAUUACAAAAGUGAAAGUGGAUAAAACCAUCUCUUUCUGGGAAGCAAGGAAAAUUGUGGAAAACGAGGGUAAAUCAACAUAUUCGGAUACCCUUAAAUCAUCACUGAAGAGGCAGACUGAUGAAAAAAUCGCACAACUAACCGAACAAAACAAUCUGUAUCGUAACCAAAUCCAACAGUUAGAAGAAGAGAAGAAAUCACUAGCAGAAUCCAUCAAACUAGACUACGACACUCAUUACGAAAAUCUGCUGAAGCAAUACCAGGACGAAAACGAAAAAAAGUUCGGAAAAAUGGAAGAAAACUACGAAGCCAUCCACAACAAAUUUGAAAAACUUGCAUCAGUAUACCAAGAAGAAAAACAAAGAAGAAAAAAGGCAGAGAAAGACCUCGAAAAACUCCAAGAAAAUUACGCUAAGCUAGAAAACAUACUAAAACAACACGGAUAUAAAUCCGCCCCUAAACAUAGAAAUCAAGAUAACCCCGCGCCGUCACCGCCCAGGAAAAAGAAAGCCAACCACAAGAUGGCACCAGCCAAGGAAGUGGAUUACGUCGACUCAGAAUCUGAAAACACCGACGAUCAACCCGACGAACACAUGGACCAGAAACCCUGAUACAAACAAACCAGAACACCAAACACCACCAAACUCGAAUCCGGAUUAUCUACACAACAACAAACAACAACAAAAAUAAUGACAGAAAUACUGCAAUGGAAUUGUAAUGGAGUAAGAAGUCAAUAUGAGGAUCUUCAACUUUUAGUCAGCAAAUUCAAACCAAAAAUCAUUACGCUACAGGAAACAAGAACCAACUCCUCACAAAACUUUCGCCUAAAUGGAUACGAAACCUAUUCUAUCCACCGACCAUCUGGCCAAGGUGGAACAGCAAUAGCAGUCAAAACAGGCAUCAAAGCCAAACAAUUACAAACGAACUCUACCCUCGAAGCGAUCGCUGUAGAAAUUAACAUACCACGGAAAAUGACAGUCUGCAGCAUCUACCUAUCACCAAACCAACAAAUCAACAAAAACGAAUUGGAAACCAUUAUAGACUCCCUACCAAAACCCCUUAUACUAUCUGGUGACUUCAACGCACACCACAACAGUUGGGGCUCCAAAAAAGAAGACCAAAGAGGAAAAAUGAUCGACUCAAUAAUAAACGAGAAUAAUCUAAUUAUUCUAAACGAUGGAUCUCCCACUUUCAUACACUCAGCAAAUACUAAUAAAAACACCAACACACCAUCAUGCAUCGACCUAACUUUGUGCUCUGCUGACCUAGCGAAUAAGCUAAACUGGACUGUUGUAGACGACCAACACGGCAGCGAUCAUUUUCCAAUCCUAAUAGGAUUCGAACAAUUUGAACAAAGAAACCGAGCCGCUAGAUGGAAAAUAGACGCCGCAAACUGGAACACUUUCGAAGAGGAAAUUGAAAAGCUUAUUCCUCCAAACUCCAAUCAUUCGAUAGAAGAACUAACGGAAGCAAUCAAAUCAGCAGCCUUACGAUCAAUACCAAAAACCUCAACCAAAGUACACUCGAAAGCGGCUCCAUGGUGGAACCCAACAGUGGCAGAAGCCAUCAAGCAAAGAAGGAAAGCUCUAAGAAAAAAGCAAAAAUCAAAACCAGGCGAUCCCCUCUACCAAGCAAUUCACGACGAAUUUAUAAGCGCCAGAAAUACAUGCCGGAAAAUCAUCAAAGAAGAGAAACAAAAAUCAUGGGAAAAGUUUGCUUCCUCCAUCAACGAAAACACCCCAACUAAAGAAAUAUGGAACCGCAUCCGUGCAAUAUCUAAAACAGGACAACCAGCAUCAAGAACAUGGGCAAUUGCCACUGAAAACAAAAUCAUAUCAAAACCCCUGGAAAUUGCCAACCACUUAGCGGACCACUUCCAAAAAGAAUCUUCAAAUGAAGCAUACUCCCACAAAUUCAAAACCAAAAUGCAAAAAGAGGAAAGCCAGCCUCUCAAUUUCAGAAGCAGCCGUAACUCAAAAUUAUGCCAACCAUAUUCAAUGAAUGAGCUGCUACUCCAGCUGGACAGACUUACAGGAACCUCACCAGGCCCCGAUGAAAUUCACAACGCAAUGCUCAAACACCUACCGUUUUACGUCAAAAAGAAACUGCUAGAAGCCUACAACGAAAUCUGGCUCAAUGGAACCUUUCCAGAACCAUGGAGAAAAUCAAUACUAGUACCGAUACCCAAACCAGGAAAAUGUCCAAACACAGCUAACAACCUAAGACCAAUCUGUCUAUCUAGCUGUGUGCUCAAACUAUUUGAACGCAUGGUAAAUAAACGCCUGAUGAACCACUUAGAAACCAACGGGAUUCUUGGGAAAUCCCAAUACGGUUUUCGCAAAGGACACCAAACAAUUGACGUCAUCUCCCAAAUCGACAGCUUUGGCAGAGAUGCCAUAAUAAACCAAAAACAAGCAGAAAUAAUAUUCCUGGACCUAACGAAGGCAUAUGACCGCACCUGGCGCAGACUAAUAUUACAAAAACUAGCAAAAGCGAAGAUCUCCGGAAACAUGGCCCAAUUCUGCAAGCUUUUCUUAGAACGAAGAGAAUUUCAAGUGCGGUACGAAGAUCAACUAUCCGACACAAAAACCCAAGAGAAUGGCGUCCCACAAGGAUCCGUUCUCGCAGUCACCUUUUUCCUACUAGCCGUCGACAGCAUCAGAGACUACCUCCCAAAGGACACCUUUUUAAAAAUGUACGCAGACGACAUCACCAUCGCUGUCAUCUCUAAAUCCGCUAAAUGGACGCGGGCAAAAAUACAAAAAACUCUAGAUUGCAUACAGAAAUGGAGCGACGCAACUGGAUUCCAAAUCUCCGC